UUCAUCUUCUCCUUUCCCCAAGUGUAAACCCUAGCUACUUGUAGCCAACCUCUUAAUUCAGGCUAUCCGUGAGUGGAUUGAUCCGUCAAUAUCGUGCUAUUUCCUCUGAUCUGCUGAUUGAUCCUCUAGAUCCAGCCUUUGGCCCUCUCUCCCUAACGCGUGCCCGAUCCGAUCGAUCUGCAGACGCAGAAUCGAUCGAUGGGGUCCUUCCUCUCUUCGGCUGCCGGUGCCGGUGCCGGUGCCGCGGGCGAGGCUGAUCAUGGCGCACGCCCCCUCCGCUCUCCUACCAUAAAGGAGUGCACCCGCCGUAUGACAAACCAGGAGCUAGCUCGGUUAGACGGAUACGAUCCAGUAAGCUUCCAAGAACUCGUGGCCAGAGCAAAUGCUGGCCACCCCACGUUGGCACUAGACAAGGUCGACUCCGCCGCUGUUUGUAAGCUUGUCCGCUGCGCCCUCAAACACUACAACUCCAAAAACCCGGGCGCCGACUUCGAGUAUCCCGCCGAGCUGACCACGGAGAUGAAGGCCACUGGUAUCAGUUUCAGGGAACGUUUCUGGUACCACGUCGGUUUCUUGGCGCGCCGGAGCUUACCUUUUUUUUUUCACUUUUCUCUCCAUUUUUUUCCUUGGUCCCUGACCGCCACACACUUUUUGUUAUUACCAUGUUCUCCCUGCUAUGAAUCAAUGAAAUAA